AUCUCGAUUUACCGAGAGACUCGGUGUGGCAAUGCCCGUCUUCUAUCGUUCUCCCUCCAUGUUGUCAUGUUGAUUGUGUCCUGGCUAAGCACCAGUCCGCACAUGCGAUCACAACUUCAAUACAGUGUGAACUGGGAGUUUUGUUGAUACGGUCUCGAACUAAAUUUUUGCUUUGGAUAGAGAAAGCCACGACGGUAGUUAUCACGGUACAUCCUCCAGUCAGUUUCUAGGCUGUGAAAUUUCCUAUCUUUCAAAGACUCUUGAGUGAUAAGUUCCUUGGCACGGGGCCUGUCGCCUGCACGUGGCUAAAAUGAAAUGCAGAAUGCAGACAGUGGUAUUCAUCGUAGGUAUUUUCGGAGUGAUACCAUGGCACAGUGGAGCAGCAGUCUCGGCGCCAUGCACAUUGUCACAAAGUCCAGGAAAUCUGACCAUUGACAAUCAUAUGAAGCUGGAAAGUGCGCAUGGUGUGGGACCAAUUCUCCAACCGCGGACAAUUAUUCCUUUCCCGAACAUAUCCUUCUACAGCAGCUGUCCAUUUGUCCAGAUCGAUAUUACGGCAGAUGUGGCUCAAACGUCGUGCAAUCCGAUGUUGGUGCUAUUGAAGGAAUUCCAUGGGGGAAAGUAUCAGAUUGCCUCUGAACGCAUUCCACCUAGUACACACAAGAUGGGUUCUGCUACAUGGACCGGGGUGGGCCUUGACCACUACGUAUCUCAUAACAGCAGUGCGACAGAAGCUUUUAUCAUUGGAAUGACUCUGCAAACCGGAUGCCAGUUGAAUUUAAAAGCUAUCUGGCCGCAAGUCGCCUGGGUAAUGCUGCAAGGCAGUACACCAGAUGUCUUACAGAAGUUUCCCUAUGGUGCUGCGCUGGAGCCUCCUGUCACGAUGACCGUCCGUGCAUCCAGUGCGUGCAACCAGGCUACAUGUGACAACUGCCAGACGCUCUAUCAAAGCUGUCCUGCGUUGGGAGCAACUGGUAGAAGUCAAUACCAAUACUAUUGUGGUACUGCAUCUAACUACACGUGUCCAACGACUACUGCAGUUCAGCCUACUACGCGAAGUACAACCUCUCCUCCAACGAAAACAUCCAUAGUACCUCCAGCAGCAACUAGCGCUACUCCAUCGACCACCUCCACAAGACCUUCAUCGUCUGCCGUUACUAAUCUACGGACUACAUCCGACACAGUUGCUGCAGCUACAGUCUCACCAUCAACCACGCCUCGGGUUGCAAAGGCCUACGCCGAAUCGUCUACUCUUUCCAAUGCCUUCCUAUCACGAAACCCAACUGAUGCUAGUUUGGGGUUCAGUGUACCGAACACAUUCGAAUAUAGAUCGGCCAGUGAAACCUCAACGGAAGUUUUAGUUUCUGGAUCUUCACAACAUGCAAGUGCGCCACCGCCAGGAUCAUCCAAGCGUGGAUCACCAAGUGCUACAGAAGCGGUGGAUAGGGUCAUAAUACUUCCCGGGACAGGGCAAUCAAGCGGACUUACUAUGGGCUUCAAUAUUCCCUUGCUUCUUCUCACCCUCUCCAUUCUACUCGUACUUCUGUAUCGAAUGAAGCGCGAAUCUCUCUCAGCACGCGGCCACUCUCGACAAGAAAAAAGAGAAGCGGUAGGCUUGCAGACUCCAACACCACCUCCGCCUGCUACAGCCCGCCCCGAACAAUGCCGCCAAGUAGCAACUGACACGUCCGAGGGUCCAUACUAUAUUGACGCUGUAGACUCGAUGAGCGCGAACGUCACGCCCAAGUCCUGUUCCAUGACUAAUGGCACCAUGUCGGAAUUUGUCCAUGCGCAGUCGUCCACGGCACCAGCUAAUAAUAGUGAACAAACCCAAGAUUCGCUGUAUGCUGAUCUGGAGACAACUGCUAAUUCCUGUGUUGAUGCGCAAGAACGUCACUACACGCUACUAUCUAAGCGUACACGAGCAUAUCGCUACCCUUACGAAGGUCUUGCUCCCCAUAGCCGCGACCUUGCCAGCGGGGAAUCCCGUGUUGACGCCAAGCCUGAUGAUGAUACGUUGGUUAUCUGCAAUACCGCCCGCUCACUGGAAUACAGCACAGCGUCUGCUCCCGUCACACAAGUUAUUUACACUCCUAUACUAGUGAGUGACUGCGUCGAUGCUGUUCCUGAAGCUUGACCAACUACUCAAUUCUAACGUACCCAGUCACCUCAGAUCCUAAUACAACAAACAACAACGCCCAGAGCAGCAAAUUCACGACGCAAAUACCCCUGCGGAUAAGCGACCAACGAGGCUAUUGAUUCCAAAGCACGUGAUAUAAUUAUGAUUUUUUUGUCCAACCACUACUGCAUUUCACCCUACUACGCGCAGUACAACCUCUCCUCUAACGAAAACAUCCAUAGUACCUCAAGCAACUACUAGCGCUACUCCAUCGACCGCCUCCACGAGAGUCUCAUCGUCUGCCGUUACUAAUCUACGGACUACCUCCGACACAGUUGCUGCGGCUACAGUCUCACCAUCAACCACGCCUCGGGUUACAAAGGCCUACUCCGAAUCGUCUACUCUUUCACAUGCCUUCCUAUCACCAAAUUAUGAUCAUGGACACCAGUGCCUAUUAUACUAGUUUAGUGUUGUUGACUUGACUCAUUGCUGUUCUGCCAAUGAUUAUCUGGAUGUCUGGACAACUGUGGCAGAUCAAUUAAUUUGUGUCGAUUGGAUCCCGCACGUUUCUUUAGGCGUACGGAUGUGCCUUCCCGUUACACCGAUCCACGCCUCUGUAACAGCUUAUAUUAUAGCGUCUCUUAGUAUUUCUGGCUAGAGUAGUAUUGAAGUUUUCCUUGGAGUGAUAUCUGAUAUCUCUGCUGACUGCCUAGUCUACAUGAUCAGGCAGCCAACUUGCACCUUCAGUACAGUAGGGUGGCGAAUACAUUUCUGCCGUAACCAGGCCAUGUGGCAUUUUAAGACCAAUGGUAGAUAGCACUGCACCAUGUUCUUUCAAUUUGGCGACUCUUGCAAUGGCUUCAAAACCUGUCUUCAAUCGUGUGCAUGGCACAUUAAACACAAUUGUGCCAUUGUUCAAUACAAUUAAUGCAAAGGCUCAAAUGGUAGAUUAUGAUACUCUCCAUACUUCAUCACUGUUAUGAAAUCAAUUGAAC